AUGCCUGCUUGGAAGACCUUCGUGAGCGCAUUGGCUCUGGCCAGCUCUGCGACGGCCUGCGCCCACCACAAUGACGGUGAGGUCGUGCCCGAGCACGAGCGCGCAGAAUUGCUUAAGAAGUGGGAUCAGGAAUGGUCCUUCUCCGGCAUUGCCAGCUUCGCCCAUCUCAAGCCCGUCAAGUGUCUGAUCGAGCCCGAUGAGCACUACGAUAUUGCCGUGAUUGGUGCGCCCUUUGACACAGCAGUCAGCUACCGCCCAGGCGCCCGAUUCGGACCUCGGGCGAUCCGCGCCGCCAGCGCCCGCCAGAUGGCACCAACCAGCUACAACACGCGUGCCGGAAUCAACCCAUACAAGUCAUGGGCAAAGAUCACCGACUGUGGCGACAUCCCCAUCACACCCUUCGACAACGGGCUUGCCGAGCGCCAGAUGUACGAAGCAUUCCUGGAGCUUGGAUCCCGCAAGAUCGUGAACAAGUCGCCCAAGGCAACGGGCAUCGGCCACAGCCACCCAAAGCUAGUCACCCUGGGCGGAGAUCACAGUGUUGCGCUGCCAGCUCUGCGAGCUCUGUACCAGAUCUACCAGAAGCCAAUUACGGUGCUGCACUUCGAUGCGCACCUUGAUACCUGGAACCCUGUGCGGUACAGCGCGUACUGGCAGAGUGAGCAGACGCAGUUCAACCACGGUAGUUUCUUCCACAAGGCUAGUCGGGAGGGAUUGAUUUGCAAUGCUACAUCUGCACAUGCGGGUCUGCGUACGCGAUUGACUGGUGUUGAUGCUGGGGAUUAUACAAACCCCGGACCUGAGCAGGGAUUUAUCCGGAUUCAUGCGGAUGAUAUUGAUGAGCUUGGCCCCAUGGGUGUUGUUGAGACAAUUAUUGCGCGCACUGGUCUUGAUCCUGAGCAGCCUGUUUAUUUGUCUGUUGAUAUUGAUGUGCUUGAUCCCUCUACGGCUCCUGGUACUGGUACUCCCGAGCCUGGUGGCUGGACUACGCGCGAGUUCAUUCGCAUUCUGCGUGGUCUGGAGAAACUCAAUGUUGUGGGUGCGGAUAUUGUGGAGGUUUCGCCUGCUUAUGAUAACAAGGGUGAGACUACUGCUCUUGCUGCUGCGCAGGUUGCCUUUGAGAUUAUUACCAGCAUUGUCAAGUCUGGGGUUGAUGAGGAGCUUGGUGGCUGGUACGGUUGGAUGGAGCAGAUUGAGGCUGAGGAGGCGGCCCAGAAGGAAGCCAAGGAUGAGCUUUGA